AUGCGUGUGACAAGUCCGAAUAUUGUUGACUAUUCGAGUCUGCACGUCGACCUGAGUUGGGGCAAGUGGAAUGCGAGCCUGGAUUUGAAGACGGAGGAAGGGAGGGGGAGCUUGCGGGAACUGAUUUUGGAUGCGGAUGUCGUUGUCCAAGGGUACCGGCCCGGCGUCCUGGAUAAGUAUGGAUUCGGACAGCAGGGGAUCAUUGACUUGAUCGCAAAUUCUGGCAGGGAGAGAGGGAUCAUCUCGGCGAGAGAGAAUUGCUAUGGCUGGAAUGGGCCGUGGAGUUAUCGGAGCGGGUGGCAGCAGAUCUCUGAUGCGUGUACGGGCGUUUCGUGGGCAUUUGGUAGGGCUAUGGGCUUGGAGAACGGGGAACCGGUCACACCGGUGUUUCCGAACAGCGAUUAUAUGACUGGCAUUGCCGGCACCGUUGCGAUAUUGACUGCAUUACUACGCAGAGCCGAGAAGGGUGGAAGUUACAAGGUUGAUUUGGCGCUGAACUAUUACAAUCAAUGGCUGGUGGAAAGUGUGGGCGAAUAUCCCUCUCAGGUCUGGGACGAUCUGUGGUCGCGGAAUGAGAGGAAGGUGUUCAGGUGUUACCAUAAUAUGCCUCAAACGGUGCCGGCGUAUAUGGAGAUGCUUCAGCAGAACUCCCCUCACAUCUUUGAUCCGAAAUUCUUUGAGGUCAGGCCUAGUGAUGCAAUCGACGCGGUGAUUCGCACCGUCAGGCCCGUCAACCAGUUCGACAAGGACGAGGUAGAGCUGAGGUACAAUGUUGGGACUCGAGGGAAUGGCAAGGACCAGCCGAGAUGGCCAGAUAACUUGCCGGCAGAAGUUGUGUCCUAA